CCAUCGUCGUACUGCGUCAUCGGAAAUAGGUGUAAGUUUACGUCUGUGUAAUAAAUACCUAAUUAAUAUGAAUAUGCGGUGUAUCAUUUUACAAAGUGUUGCGACUAACUCGUUUGUUCGUGAGAAUAGCAACUAAGCAUUUUAGCGAUGACUACGCGUCCAAAAUGCUAAAAUUUGAAAUAUGCAAUGCAUAAUCCGUUAUUGUCUUGCAUUUAAGGUUUUAUUUUGCAUAAUUCAGUUUUGCACGGAUUUGUAUUGUUUUUCUAUAAAAUAGGAAAAAUCAUUAAACUUUACUCAUUCCUUUGAUCGAUUCCCAAUUGUCCACAAUUGUGGUAUCCUCAUCCGUGUUAUUUUCAUCUUCAGUGCUUUUCUUCAAGAAAGUUUGUUAAAAUGUUAGUAAGUAUUUACAUUUACUUUUAGUUCAUGUAUUGUGUUGGAGUUUUUUACAUAAUAAAUUUACACAACAUUUUAAAUACCAUAUACCUAACCGAUUUCUUAAUUUUCAGGUCUAACUACGAAUAUUCAUCCGAUUCGGACUCCCAACUGCCGCUGGCGCCUACGCCUGCGCCGAAAGUGUUGAAAAAGAAGCCUGCGAGCAAGAGGAAGCCGGCGGAGUCGACCCCAACGCCUACUAGUUCUAAAAAGAAGUCGCGGUCGAGUGCCAACGACGAGGCAGGCGCGACCGCAACGUAUUCAUCGAGUACUGGCCCUGGAGGACUCUUCGGGUUUGAGACGGGAGCAACUUCGGGGACGUCGAAGUCUGCAGUGCUGCAGACUUAUUUGACCAGCCGCGUCCCCAACGGUCGAGUGCGCCGGGAGCUCGUCAACCAGUCUGGCGAGUACUAUAUAGAGUUCCGGGUGUAUAACACCGAGAAAGCUGUUGCCUCUAAACCAGAUCAGCGGUGGAAAGAGGCUGAAGUUACUCUUAAAGUAAAGUUAGAUCGGGGGACUCCGCAGUGGGAGAAAAUACAAUCGUUUAUGCAGCGGAUUCAUAAUUUAUUUGAAGAUUGUGAGCCCGUCUUCAUAAGCGAAUAGUAAUAAGUACCUACUACUCAGGUACUUAUUACAACCUUUUCUCUCACUGCUGCUGUUCAUUGAUAUAACUUCACUUUAAGAUACUUUCCACUGCAUUUUCAACCAAAUACCUAUGAAAUUAUAAUUGUAAAUCAUACAUUCAUUGUGUAUAUUGCAAUUUUAUGUCGUUAGCGUAUGAAAGGCGAGGCAUUUUCUUUGUAUAUUUAAAGUAUACUUAUCAAAAAUGGUGUUUUGUACAGUUUGUAAAGUCUCUGUAGAUCGUGUUCAUUGGGUGGGGCAUUUACGAAGCACUAACCAUAAAAAUAAUAAUAUUUCUCCUUUUAGCGACGGGAUUGAAUUAAUUGAGUCCGCAUUUCGUAACCGAAUAGCUUCAUACAGAAUAUUAUCACCAGAUUUGGAUGGUCAUAAUUCUUUAGAUCGGUUUCUUGAUGAUAUAAAAAAUAAAAUCAAAACAUUAAUUGAUUUGUCUCUCAAGGAAAAUGACUGUAUAAAACUCAAUUUUGAACAUUUUGCUGUUUUUCUUUUAGUAAAAAAUGAUUCUCAGGAAAUAAAGUCUUUUGGAACUAAAAAUUAUACUCUCUAUCAAAAUUAUGACUUUGAUAGUUUAAUGAACAAAGUGAAAAUUAGUUUGAUGAGAAAAAAAUGUGAAUUUCAAGAACGUGAUAGUGGUUGGAC